CGGGCGGUUCCGGCGGGCGCAGGCCGGGAUGGAGGCCGUGCCCCGCAUGCCCAUGAUCUGGCUCGACCUGAAGGAGGCCGGGGAGUUCGCCUUCAACGCCGCCGUCAAGAAGUUUGUCCUGAAGAACUAUGGGGAGAAUCCAGAGAACUACAACGAGGAGCUGCGGAAGUUGGAGCUGCUCCGGCAGAGCGCCGUCAACGUUCCCAGGGACUUUGAGGGCUGCAGCACGCUGCGGAAAUACUUCGGCCAACUCCACUACCUGCAGAGCCGCAUCCCCAUGGGUGCUGAGCAGGAGGCAGCAGUUCCCAUCGCAUGGACUGAGAUCUUCUCAGGCAAGACAGUGACUCACGAGGACAUCAAGUACGAGCAGGCGUGCAUCCUCUACAACCUGGGUGCGCUGCACUCCAUGCUGGGCGCCAUGGACAAGAGAGUGUCCGAGGAGGGCAUGAAGGUUUCCUGCACUCACUUCCAGUGUGCUGCCGGGGCGUUUACAUACCUGCGGGAUCACUUCCCUCACUCCUACAGCGUAGACAUGAGUCACCAGAUCCUCAACCUCAACAUCAACCUCAUGCUGGGCCAGGCACAGGAGUGUCUCCUGGAGAAGUCCAUGCUGGACAACAGGAAGAGUUUCCUUGUGGCCCGGAUCAGCGCCCAGGUGGUGGAUUACUACAAAGAGGCCUGCCGGGCGCUGGAAAACUCGGAGACAGCCUCGCUGCUGGGAAAGAUCCAGAAGGACUGGAAGAAGCUGGUUCAAAUGAAAAUCUAUUAUUUUGCUGCUGUGGCCCAUCUGCACAUGGGAAAACAGGCUGAGGAGCAGCAGAAGUUUGGGGAAAGGGUCAUCUACUUCCAGAGUGCUCUGGAUAAACUCAACGAAGCAAUCAAGCUGGCAAAGGGCCAACCAGAAACCGUCCAGGAAGCCCUGAGAUUCACCAUGGAUGUGAUCGGUGGCAAGUACAAUUCGGCCAAAAAGGACAAUGACUUCAUCUACCAUGAAGCUGUGCCUGCGCUGGACACCCUGCAGUCUGUGAAAGGUGCCCCGUUGGUGAAAGCCCUCCCCGUCAACCCCACGGAUCCAGCCGUCACCGGCCCCGAUAUAUUCGCCAAGCUGGUGCCCAUGGCUGCCCACGAGGCCUCUUCCCUAUACAGCGAGGAGAAGGCCAAACUGCUGAGAGAUGUGAUGGCAAAGAUCGAAGCCAAGAAUGAAGUGCUGGACCAGUUCAUGGACUCCAUGCAGCUGGACCCCGAGACCGUGGACAACCUCGACAUGUACAGCCACAUCCCCCCCAUCCUGAUGGAGAAAUGCGCUGCGCUCAGCGUGCGUCCCGACACCGUCAAGAACCUUGUCCAGUCCAUGCAGGUGCUCUCCGGGGUCUUCACCGAUGUUGAGGCUUCCCUGAAGGAGAUCCGAGACCUCCUUGAGGAGGACGAGGCUCAGGAGCGAAAGCUGCAGGAGCUGCUUGGAAAGGUCCCACUGCCCCAGGGGUCCCCCCUGCCGCCGUCCCCAGGGCUGGCCGAGGUCAGCAAGGAGUGUUCCAAGUACAUGGAGGUGCACGAGAAGGCCAGCUUCACCAACACCGAGCUCCACAAAGCCAUGAACCUGCACAUCGGCAACCUCCGCCUGCUCAGCGGGCCACUGGAGCAGGUCCGGGCCGCGCUGCCUUCGCCCACCUUGACCGAAGACGACAAGCAGGUGCUGCAGAACCUGAAGCGAAUCCUGGCCAAGGUGCAGGAGAUGAGGGACCAGCGGAUGUCCCUGGAGCAGCAGUUGCGUGAGAUGAUCCAGAAGGACGAUAUCACCACCUCGCUGGUCACCACCGACCGCUCCGAGAUGAAGAAACUCUUUGAGGAGCAGCUGAAGAAGUACGACCAGAUCAAGGUGUACCUGGAGCAGAACCUGGCCGCCCAGGAGAACGUCCUGAAAGCCCUGACGGAUGCCAAUGUCAAAUACGCGGCUGUGCGCAAGGCCCUGGGCGAGGUGGAGCACAAGUGGAACACCACCGUUCAGACCUUGGUGGCCUCCUACGAAGCCUAUGAGGAUCUGAUGAAGAAAUCGCAGGAGGGGAAGGACUUCUACACCGACCUGGAGGGGAAAGCCGCCAAACUGCUGGAGAAGGCCCGGGCUGCCUGCCAAGCCGCCGAGGCCAACAGACAGCAGAUCUUGGAGAAGGAGAUGAAGAAGCAGCCGCCCCCUCGGCCCACGGCCCCCAAACCCGCCCUGCAAAGGAAGCCGCUGGAGCUGGAACCCGGCGGGCCGGAUGCCGGCGACCUGCCAUCGUUGAGCUCCCUGGUGCUGUCGGAGCUGCCGGAAGAGCUGCGCAGCCUGCCGCCGGACGUGCUGGCCGGGCACCCGGCCCACUUGCCGCCCCCCACGCUGGCCGCCCUCGCCCUCAACCCGGCCCUGGCUGCCGGGUUGCGGCCCCCCGAGCCCUUCCUCCCCGCAGCCAGGUUGGCCAGUGCCCCGCUGCAGCCCUUUGCCCCUGCCCGCUUCCCAGGACCCCCUGCCCUCGCCGGGCACUACCAUCUGCCGGCGGCACCCACCUCGGCGCCGGGGCCCUUUCCCCCCGGCGGGGGGACCCCGGUGCAGCUCCUGCAGCCCUCGGCCCCGCAGGGGGCUGGACCCCCCCCCAGUUCUGCCCCGGCCGCUUCCCCCCAGCUUUUCCCAGCUGCCCCGCUGAUGCGAGCCCCAGCACAACCCGGCGCAGCUCCGGUGCAGCCUGGCUUCGUGGGGCCCCACGUGCUUCCCCCACGCUCGUCCCCGCAGCAUGGUCCCCUGCCCGGCUCUGCUCCCGCUCCCGCUGCCUCCUACAGCCUGGGCCAGCCGGGGGUGCCCACACCCGGCCCCCUCAGACCCCCAACCCUGGGGCCAGCCCCCAUGGGUGCCCAGCCGCCGGCCAGUGGCCCCGAACCAGCCCCGGUUGCCCGGCCGGCCACCACCACAGUGGAUAGCAUCCAAGCCCCCAUCUCCAGCUGCACCGCUCCCCCACAGCUCCCCGGCCAGGGGCCGGCUGUGCCCCCAGUCCCCUUCCUGGCCCCGCAGCGCCUGGGGGGCCCCCCUGUCGCCUUCCCUUACGCCCAGAGGGGGCUGCAGCCCUUCGGGCAGCCAGCUCAGCACCCGUUCCCUCCCAGGCAGCACCCGCAGACCUUCGCCCCCGCGGCGCAGCUCCAGCCUGGCAUGGAGAUGCCUGCUCGGGCCCAGGGCCCCCAGCAGUUCCCCCCGGCUCCCUUUUUGCCCCCAGGGAGAGCCCAGGUCCCGCUGCCCUUCCAGCCACCUGCCCGGCCCCCGCUGCCCCCCCAGGCCCAGUUUGCCCAGCAGUCCUUCACUGGCCCCGGGGGGCGGCUGCCCCCACCAGCCCCUGGGCAGCCCCCCCUGCCGCCGCAGCUCUACCAGCUCCCGGGGCAGGACAAGCUGCCCCCGCAGGGCCCUGGCCUGAGCCAGAUGCCGGGCGCUGCGGUGGUCCAGGGUCCCCUCGUCCCCUCCCCGGCCCCCUCCCCGCAGCCAGCCUUGCCCAUGCAGCCCCCAGCGCUGGUGCCGGGCUCCGGCAGCCUGCCGCAGAGACCCCCGCCCUCGCUGACACCGGGCACAGCCCCGCUCCCCCAGGGCCCUGGCGAGGCCCCCUUCCAGCGGCAGAGCUCCUCCACCGAUGACCUGCUGUCCUCCAGCCCUGAGAGCCAGCACGGUGGCUCCAAGGCGGCUGUCGGCCAGCCCCUGCUGCAGCCCACCAAGGCAGACGCCAAGGAUGGGCAGAAGCCCAAGGCGGUGCAGCUGAUCGAGAACGAUCCCUAUGAGAAGCCGGAGCGAGUCCUGCGGCUGCUGGCGGAGCUCGACCGCUUCCGAGGGCUGGUGGAACAGCUGGAGCGACCAGGGCCUGGUGGCACCACCGAGCUGGACUCUGUCUGGAAGGAGCUGCAGGAUGCCCAGGAGCGGGACGCCCGGCAGCUCUCCAUCGCCAUCGCCCGCUGCUACUCCAUGAAGAACCGGCACCAGGACAUCAUGCCCUAUGACAGGAACCGUGUCAUCCUCCGCUCGGGCAAGGACGACUACAUCAACGCCAGCAGGGUGGAGGACCUCUCGCCUUACUGCCCCACCAUCAUCGCUACCCAGGCCCCGCUGCUGGGCACCGCCGCCGACUUUUGGCUGAUGAUCUAUGAGCAGAAGGUCUCCGUCGUCGUCAUGCUGGUGUCGGAGCAGGAGCUGGACAAGCAGAAGGUGCUGCGGUACUUUCCCCCCGAGCGGGGCCAGCCCGUGGUGCAGGGACCCAUCACCCUCAUCCUCACCAGCCUGAAAGUCGCCCCCACCCACGUGGAGAGGAUGAUCACGCUCCAGUACCGGGACCAGAGCCUCAAGCGCACCGUCGUCCACCUCCAGUUCACCUCCUGGCCGGAGCUGGGCCUGCCCGACAGCAAGGGGAGUCUCCUCCGCUUCAUCCAGGAGGUGCAUGGCCACUACCUGCACCAGCGCCCGCUCCACACCCCUGUCGUCGUGCACUGCAGCUCCGGGGUGGGCCGCACCGGGGCCUUCUGCCUGCUCUACGCCGCCAUGCAGGAGGUGGAGGCGGGCAACGGCAUCCCCGACUUGGCCCAGCUGGUCAAGCGGAUGCGGCAGCAGCGCAAGCACAUGCUGCAGGAGAAGCUCCACCUCAAGUUCUGCUACGAGGCCGUCCUGCUGCACGCCGAGCAAGUGCUGCACCGCCACGGCGUGGGAGCCCCCGCUGUCCCCAAGGCCACCAACAGUGCCUCCCUCAAGCUCUACUUCCACCAGGACCCCCAGGACCUGGUCCUGGGUGGGGACAUGCCCAUCAGCUCUAUCCAGGCCACCAUCGCCAAGCUGAGCAUCAAGCCUGGGGGGGCUGGCGGGGAGCAAGGGGGGGUCUGGUUGCUGGAUCCUGUCCCCCCACCUGAUGCCACGGACACCCAGGCGAUGCCACCAGUGCUUCCCGACGGCAUGCUGGAUGGCGUGGGUGCCCCCCUCCCUGAACCCUCCCCGCCAGGGCCGCCCCUCCCUGAGCCACCCGGUGACCCUGAGAGCAGCAACCAUGUAGCGGAGAGCCCCGAAGUCCCGGGGGGGGAGCCGGUGGUCCCCCCUGCUGUGCCCCCCACCUCCUCACUGGAGCUGUUGGCCUCCCUCACACCCGAGGCCUUCACCCUGGACGCCUCCCUCAAGGGCAAGCAGCGGAUGAACAAGCAGAACUUCCUGCAGGCGCAGACAGGCGAGGGGCUGCGGGGGCCCCGGCCCAGCGAUGACCCUCUCAGCAUGCUGGACCCCCUCUGGACCCUCAACAAGACGUGAGGGGGGGGCCGUGUGUGUUGUGUGUCCUGUCCCCCCCCCCCGCCCCCAGACCCAGCACUACAGCCCUGGGCCCCUGCCCUGUGGGUGCUUCCUUCCCCUGGGACCCCCAGUUUGGGAUGGGAGGACCCCAGGCAGCAGUGGUUGGGGUACCCUGAG